UCACAGACACAUAUACGUGCUUGCGACAGUAGUUCAGUACACUCUCUCUUUCAGCAUUCAGUAGGUCUGCAUACUCUUCAUUGCUCAAACUCUCGUCAGCGUCACAGACACAGAUCCUAGCAGAGAAGCUCCAAAGGCAUGGCCCCAAACCAACCCGUCGCUCUCGUGAUUGGCGCCUCAAGAGGUAUAGGACGACAAGUCGCAAUAGACCUCGCAAAGAAUGGAUAUGCUGUAAUCGUCUCCGCCAAAUCGACCUCUUCUCCCUCCUCCAAUGCUCCCUUCCCACCCGACCCCAACUCCUCCGACUCCACAAUCACCACAGUCGCCCGCGAGAUCUCCAAUCUAGGCCACGAAUCCCUCGCAAUCGCCUGCGACAACCGCUUCCCAGAUCAAAUCCAAACCCUCAUCACCAAAUCCUUUGCAUGGAAGCAACGUCUCGAUGUCGUGGUCUACAACUCCGGUGCAAUCUGGUGGAGUUCAGUCGACAAAACCGACCUGAAGCGUUUCCAAUUAAUGCAAAAGAUCAACCCCGAAGGUUUAUACGCCGUAGUUCAAGAAGUUCUCAAAGUCUGGAAUGAUGGGAAAGACAAUGCACACAGAAGGAUCGUGGUCGUGAGUCCACCGAUCUAUUCAAGAUUCGUGAAAGGAAAGACGGCAUAUGCGAUGGGCAAAUUCGGCAUGUCAACCCUCACAAUGGGUCUAGCAGUCGACUUCGAACGACAAGGGAAAUCCAACAUGGCCAUAACCAGUAUCUGGCCAGCCGCAGCAAUCGACUCCGCCGCAACCCAAGCGAACCGCACACGCGAAGCCCGUAGCGCCCUUCGCAAACCCGAGAUCUUUUCCGAUGCGAUUCUCGCUAUAAUUCGCUCGCCUGCGAAAGAUGUCAAUGGGAAACUCGUUCUUGAUGAGGAUUUCCUUCGCGAUCACGAGGGAGUUACAAAUUUUGAUAAAUAUGCGUUGGUGCAAGGCACGGAGCCUAGACGAAUCAUGCCGAGGAAGAUGCCAGAUUUGAGUGUCGAGGAGCAGGACGAUGAGGGCGUGAGAGUGGAUAGUACGGAGAUCAGGAAGGAUAGAGGUGCGAAGUUGUAGCAUAGACGAUAUCAUCAGCACAUACAGAGCGUUGAAUGAUCACGAUAACGUUAUAAGAACAGGAAAAGUGGAGGCAAAGCAGAA